CUUAAAUUUUAGUCAGUCAUUUGGAAAAAAAGUUGUUUUCAUUUUUCUUUAUAAGACAUCUUCUGGUCAAACUUCUGGUCAAGCGGAACUCAGAAGACUUUCAAGUUCUAUAUAGUGAUGACUAACGCCAGGGGAAACUGGAAGAACUGGUAUGAAUUUCUAUUCUCAAGCAUUGGUUGUGUUGUUGGACUCGGUAACAUCUGGAGAUUCCCGUAUGUUUGUUAUAAAAAUGGCGGCGGAGCUUUCAUGAUUCCAUAUUUCUUAUUCCUGUUCAUACUUGGUAUCCCUGUCAUGUUUACAGAACUUACAUAUUCACAAUGGUCAAAUCUUGGACCAGGGCGUGUGUGGAUCUGCUGUCCACUCUUUAGAGGUAUAGGAUUUGGUAUGAUCUGUCUAACAGGUAUUGUCAGUAUAUACUACAAUGUGAUUCUUGCUUGGGCCCUGUAUUAUCUAGUGAAUUCAUUCUAUCCUACAAUCCCAUGGAGUACCUGUUCAAAUGACUACAACACAGAGCACUGCUACACAAGGAUACAACAGACGUAUUUGAACAUGUCAAUAAACACAACAGUGCUGUCACCAAUAGUAGAUGCUUUGAAUAUUACCAGGAAAACAGCGACAGAGGAAUUUUGGGAAAAUAAAGUUCUUGAAAUAACAGAUGGCAUAGGUACUCCAGGCGUUAUACGAUGGCAGCUUGUGCUAUGUUUAUUAGCAGCAUGGGGAAUAGCAUUCCUUUGUUUAAUAAACGGAAUAGAGACUUCUGGCAAGGUUGUAUACGUGGCAGCUACAGUACCGUAUGUGUUUUUGACGAUACUGCUUAUCCGUGGUUUAUUAUUUGAUGGGGCUACUGAGGGUCUACUGUAUUUUGUUACGCCUAGAUGGGAGCAAUUGUGGAAAUUUUCAACAUGGGGAGAUGCUGCAGUGCAAAUAUUUUACUCGGCAGGACUCGGCUGGGGAGGUGUUGCGACAUUGGCUAGUUAUAAUAACUUCCAUAAUAACACUCAAAGAGAUGUUAUCAUCUUACUAGUGUUAGAUGGUUUGACUAGUUUUUUUGCUGGCUGUGUAAUUUUUGUUACCCUCGGGUUUAUGGCAAAGCAAUCCGGGGUUCACAUAGAUGACGUUGUUGCGCAAGGCCCUGGCAUAGCAUUUAUGGUAUAUCCAGAGGCAUUAGCAUCACUACCCUUGCCUCAAUUAUGGUCUGUUUUAUUUUUCCUCACUUUGUUUACAGUUGGAUUGGAUAGUCAGAUGGUUCAUAUUCAAACUAUGACUGGAGCAGUAUUUGAUAAUUUUCCUAGAGCAAACAAAAAGAAAACUAUAGUUACUGCCAUCGUCUGCCUUUCUGGAUUUAUACUUGGACUAACAUGCUUGACGCAGGGUGGUAUAUAUGUUCUACAACUUAUGGAUUGGUAUGUCGCUAGUGUUUCAAUAAUGAUCCUUGUCUUCAUGGAGAUGUUUGUUUUAGCAUGGAUAUAUGGAAUCAAUAGAUUAGGCAAAGACUUUGAAAUGAUGACAGGAAAAAGCCUCGGAAUACUCUGGAAGAUAGGAAUAGGUUUGACUACCCCGUUUGCCUUACUGUUUGUGUGGAUUUUUAGUUUAGUAGUCCAUUCCCCAGUGACCUAUGGGGACCAAUCUUACCCUAAAUGGUCUAUUGGAAUCGGCUGGAUGAUAGCACUUAUAUCUCUGGUGCCUAUCCCCGUUGGAAUGGUAUAUACACUUACAAAGGAAAAAGGAAACUUCCUCGAGAGACUUCGACAUUCUUUGAAACCGCUUCCUUCCUGGAGACCAGCUAACGACGAAGAUGAUAAUGAUAAUGCAGAACUAGAAAAAUUAAAUUAUGUAUCAGAAAAAGAGACGUUUGCGUAAGGAUGUUCGUUCCUCUGUUUGAAAAUAACAAACUAUUCAAAAGUAUUGAAAAGUAGAAAAAAUACGAUAGGUCCGUUUUCUUGUUUUGAGAUACAAAUGUAUUAUAAUCAACUGAAGACAUGUCGGGAAAUGGUUCUCUCUAGAUUUUUCGAUCAUUUAACAUUGAAACCUCUAUUCGUUCAAAAACUAUUCCAAAUCAAACAAUUGAGGAAUGACUGUAAUAUUUGUUCUGUCUGUGAAGGAAUAACAUAAAAAUUGUGGUGUAUACUGAAUAACCCGCGCAGCGUGUUAUAUUUAAGUAUGCAUCAUAUUUUUUUUAAUCUUAUUUCGAAUAAACAGAAAACAUAUUACAGUCAUUCCUUAAUUGUUUGAUUUUGAAACUCUUCUUUUGUAAUAGUUUUUGAACGAAUAGAGGUUGCAAUGUUAAAUGAUCGAAAAAUCUAGAGAGACAGUUGUUUCUUAUAAUUUAUUCUAAAUCCAUUUUAAAUUGGAGAAAACCAUGAAAAAACGUUGAUGACUUCACGGUCACAUGACCAAAUUAUGUAUAUGGGCUGAUAAACAAAACAAAGUCAGCCAAUCAAAAGACACAAUACAUCCAAAAUUAAAUUAUAUGUAAUAAAAGAAGGUAAAUAAAUUCAUGGGGUUAGUGGGCUAUUGUUUUUUGGCCUCCAUUUGUUUAUGUCUGAAUCAUUACGAUAAAAUUAAAGUGUUCAAACGAGUUUGUAAAACAAAAUGUAGAAUGAAGCGUUCGCAGAUUCUAUUGUAAGCGAAGCAAGAGGACAAAGGGUAUGUUGGGGUUGUAGUUUUGUUAUUUUAUGAUUGGUUUGAAAUAAUUAAGACAUAUUGUAUAUAUUUGAAUCAGUACUUAUCAACAACAAAACACUACAUAGAGAACGAAACUAACAUUUUUAAGUAAGAUAUCAUUAUUAUUAAUUUUUAUACCUGUGCAAAUGAAACUUCAAAUAUGUGACGUAAUCAGUAUUACAAUAUUCUUAAAAACUUUUCGACAACAAUGAAAGGGUUAUUGCUUUGAAUAUUUUCCCUCGUAGAAUAUAAGAAUAUUUAACUCACAAGCUCGUGCAAUAUGACAGUCUACUCCACGAAAAUGUUCAUACGAUAAUUAAUUUUAUAUAGUGAUAAUAUUUCUAACAGAACGUAGACGUCAUCGGUGUAUUGCGUAUUAUUUAAUUCUUUUCUUCAAGUUUUGAUAAAAAAAAGAAAAGGUUAUUGCAUGAAGAUGUCUGAAUGUCAUCUUUAUUAUAAUAUAAAUGCGUUCGUUAGCUCGAGUAAGUAAAAAUCUACGCCGGACACUAUUCUUGCAAUAACAUUAUAAUAUUCUAGAUUGUACAUAAUUUACUUUAUUAAUAUAUAUAUGAAUACUAAGUGUUUGGCAAUGUGUUCAUUUAUUACAAUUUUUAUUUUGAAAUCCAAUAAUUAUAUUAUAUAUUUUU